UUGUCAUGAAAAAAGGUGAAAUCGUUGAAAUUGGACGUCAUGAUGAAUUAAUUGCUAAAAAAGGAGUUUAUUAUGGCCUUGUUCAAGCUCAAGAAUUAGAAACUAAAAAAACCGAAAAAAAAAUUAAUCAAGAUGAAGAAGAAGAAUUUGAAUCAAGUUCUAAUGAUGAUACUACUGUUUUAAUAGAUGAAAAGAAACAUAAAUUACAUUUAAGAAAAAUGUCUACCAGAGGAUCAACUGUUAAAUCUCUAAAGACUGAUGAUGAAAUUAAAAAAGAAGAUAUGGAAAAAAAAAUGUUAGAAAAAAUGCCAUUAGCAAGAGUAUUUCGAUUGUGUAAACCUGAAUAUGGAUUAAUGUUUAUUGGUUGUAUUGGUUCCGGAAUUAAUGGUUCUAUUAUGCCUUUAUUCAGCUUGGUGUUUUCUUCAAUUCUGAAUGUUUUUGCUCGAACUGAUCAACCUGAUGAACUUAGACGAUCGGCAAAUUUCUGGUCUUUAUGUUUCGCACUUUUGGCUGUAGUCAGUUUAUUCGCAAAUUUUGCUCAAUUAUCAAUGUUCACGUUAGCUGGUGAACGUCUCACAAAACGUCUUAGAAGAUUAACUUUUGAAGCAUUAUUAAACCAAGAAAUUGCAUACUUUGAUGAUGAAAAAAAUGGAACUGGUGUGUUAACUUCAAAAUUGGCAGUAGACGCAACGAAAGUUGAAGGGUUAAGUGGUAGUUUAAUGGGAACUGUUUUACAGAAUUGUUUUAACUUGGCUGUUGGAUUUGGAAUUGCCUUUGGUUUUGGUUGGAAAUUGACAUUAGUCAUUCUUGCUGCUUCACCUGCUGUUGUAGUUGCUGGCUUUUUAGAGAUGAGAGCGAUGACUGGUUUUGGUUCAAAGACUCGCGCAGCAUAUGAAGGCACCGGUCAAAUAGUUCAACAAAGUGUUUCCAAUAUGCGAACGAUUGCAGCAUUAACUAGAGAACAAACAUUCAAAACAGUAUAUCAUAAUGCAAUAAGAGAGCCACAUAAAAUCGCAAUUAAAGGAAGUUUGUUAUCAUCAUUUGGAUUUGGUACAUCUCAAGGAAUUUUGUACUUUAUUUGGUCUCUAUCAUUUUGGUAUGGUGCACAAUUAAUUGAGGCUGAAGAAUAUGAUUUACAACAAAUGCUUCGAGUUAUGUUUGCUGUUGUGUUUACCGCUGUUUCUCUUGGACAAAUGAGUACAUUCGCACCAGAUGUCGCAAAAGCAAAAGUUGCAGCCAUCUCAAUCUUUGAAAUUUUAGAUAGAAAAUCUCUUAUAGAUCCUACAGAUAACGAAGGCAAAGACCGUCCUGCACCAGUAUUAGGAGAUUCUUCAUUCCACUCUGUUCGUUUCAAUUAUCCUGCUCGUCCGGAUAUACCAAUACUUCGAGGUUUGGACUUGUCAAUAUAUUCUGGAAAAACUAUUGCGCUUGUUGGUUCAUCAGGUUCAGGGAAAUCGACGGUUAUUUCAUUAUUGCUAAGAUUUUAUGAUGUGAAUUCUGGAGAAGUUGAAAUUGAGGGUGUUAAUGUAAAGCAAUGGAAUUUAGAGUAUUUAAGAGCGAAUAUGGCGUUGGUUGGACAAGAACCUGUGUUGUUUGAUUUGACAAUUGCAGAGAAUAUU